AUGGCCGGGAGCUCAGAGAAAGUACCGAUCGCCUCAGCGGGACCGGAGGACCUGCAGCAGUUCAUGCCUCCGGCCUACUCCGCAGUGGCGGUGAAGCCCGCCGCCACCGGCCGCCUCCUGAAGGCCGGGAUCGCGGUGCUCAUCGCCGGAGCCCUGCUGCUUCUGCUGGGGGCAGUUGGAGCUUUUUACUUCUGGAACAACAAUGAAAAACACGUCUACAAUGUCCACUACAGCAUGAGCAUCAAUGGCAAAGUGGAGGAGGGUUCAAUGGAAAUCGACACGGCCAACAACAUGGAGAGAUUCAGCACCAGCAGCGGGGCGGAGGAGGCCGUGGAGGUCCACGACUUUGAGAUUGGCAUCACAGGGAUUCGCUUCUCAGGAGGAGAGAAGUGCUACAUCAAGACCCAGGUGAAGGCUCGUCUGCCUGACGUGGAGACUCUCAACAAGGAAACCAUGACGUUCAACCUGGAGGACGAGGUGAUGCCGGCCAAGUUUGAGGACGAUCUGAUUUGGGUGGCGGCCGACACGCCCCUCUCUGACUCCGCCUUCCUCAGCAACAAGAUCAAGGACCUGUGCGGAGAACUGCCCAUCUUCUGGCUCCGCCCCACCUACUCAACCAGCGGACAGAGGAAGAGGAGAGCCGCGCUGCGCCAGCGCCGCCAGGCAGCCGGGGCCGCGGCGGAGAAGGAGGAGGACGUGGAGGCAGAGUUAAACCCAGAGAACCCCUACCAGAGAGGUCUGGAGGGCGAGCAGGGCAACACGAACAUCGACCCCAUGCUGGACCACCAGGGCGUGUGCUGCGCCGAGUGCCGCCGGGGCUACACCCACUGCCAGAGGAUCUGCGAGCCGCUCGGAGGCUACCACCCGUGGCCGUACCACUACAGAGGGUGCCGGGUGGCCUGCAGAGUCAUCAUGCCCUGCAACUGGUGGGUGGCCCGCAUCCUGGGUCUCGUGUAG